AUGACGAAUAAGAGAUUAUGCACCUUUCUUGAAGAUGUCAUUCAGCCUUCUCCUGUUCCUUUUGCCGAGUCUCCGCCCAAAUACUGCAGCUCUAGUGACUUGGUCGUGACCCCGGAGAAAGAGAAGCGACAAAAACCUGCCAUCAAGUCAAAACCGACACUUCAUCAACAGCGUGAGAUCGAAAUUAUUGAGCCUAUUCCUCUUGGACGACCUCGAAUUAAUUCAAGCAUACGGAUUGUGACGUCAUUGAAUGAGGGUGUAGGCUCUUUUAGUGAACAGCAGGCUGUGGAAACUCUUCUGAAAGAAGAAAGGGCGAGACACGAAUUUAUUCAUAAGAGCUCCAAGGCUCUUAAUUACCCACAUCAUGCAAUGCGAUAUUCAGACUUGACUCCUUUGCAACUGGCCUCAGAAGACUCAGAGAUGAGGAGUCAAUCGUUUCAUCACCCCAGGCAACCAAAGACAUAUGUGAACUUUGUGUCUGUUGUUGUCCUGAUCUUUCAGGUAGAUUCAGCGAUGAGCUAAUUUAUGAAGUCUCUGAUUCGUUGAUGGAUGUACCAUUGCCUGCAACUAGUGCCACUCCCGUUCAUCCGGACAGUGCUCUACAGCUUUAUGAGUCAUUAAAUCCUACAGCAAUUGGGAACGGAACGACUUGAUACUAUUCUUGUACAUAGCAUGUGUUUAGAUGUAUGCACGGUACAGUAGAGACUGUACACUGUACCUAUAUAGGAAUGAAAGAAAAUACUGUAGUUAGUUGUGGGACGUCGUGUUAGUGGUGACAGUUUCUAUUCUUGGAGCACUGGGCGUGGUUUGUUUG